UAGAGGAAGCCGAGGGUCAACUGCUGGAUGCAACAGUAUGAUGAUAUACGAACAUCGAGUUGUUUCUGUUGCUCGGAGUAAACACCUGUUGUGUGUAACAGUACAAGCUGUUAGUAUUCCUUUUCUUUACUGACUAAUCUGGAUUUAGAUCAACGGUGACAUUUCUUGGAUCUUUAACUGGAUGCUGCGUUGUUUAUUUAGAUGCAGAGUGUACGUCAUCAUGAUGCUAACCAUAAGCAGGUUGAAAGUGAACAUUCCAAGGUGAUCUGUUGCUACGUUUGGACUGUCAUGAGUGCUAAGCCUUUUCAUUUCACACGAGAUAAAGAAUUUCUUCGAUGUACCCGGAGCUUACCCAUCACCUGGUAGUAGCGCGCCUGCGUGUUUUUGUGAUACGACGCUAACAACAGAUCACCAGCCCGCGAGACUCCACAGACGGCGGGUUGUAAACUGGGUGUAACGCGGGAACUAUGGCUUCUGUCGCCGCGUGGCUUCCUUUCGCCCGUGCGGCAGCCAUCGCAUGGGUUCCGAUUGCUAAGAACCCGCUGCCCGCUCCGCCAAUAACUAAAGACAAGGGCGGACGAGAAGACGAGAAGUUUGUUAUUAAUAUCAGUGGGCGACGUUUCGAAACGUGGCGGACCACGGUGGAGAAGUAUCCCGACACGCUGCUCGGCUCGAACGAAAGAGAGUUCUUCUUGGACGAAGAAAGCCAGGAGUACUUUUUCGAUCGUGAUCCGGAUUUGUUCCGACAUAUCUUGAAUUAUUACCGUACGGGAAAGCUUCACUUCCCGAAACAAGAGUGCCUGAUGGCGUACGACGAGGAGCUGGCUUUCUUCGGAAUUAUCCCGGAAGUAAUCGGUGAUUGUUGUUACGAGGAAUAUAAAGAUAAAAGACGGGAAAAUGCCGAGCGAAUCAUGGACGAUAAACUAUCGGAAGUUAACGAACCGAACGAUACUUCCAGUUACACAAUCCAGGAGAAAAUGUGGAGGGCGUUUGAGAAUCCACAAACGAGCACGGCGGCUCUAGUGUUCUAUUACGUCACCGGGUUUUUCAUCGCGGUGUCGGUGUUGGCUAAUAUUGUAGAAACCAUUCCUUGCGGCGAGGACUCGGACACUAAAGAAAGGAUCUCUUGUGGCGACACUUACAAGACGGCGUUUUUCUGCCUGGACACUGCCUGUGUUAUGAUAUUCACAGCCGAGUACAUGUUACGCUUGUACGCAGCUCCGAGCAGAUAUCACUUUGUCAAGAGUGUUAUGUCUGUUAUUGACGUAGUGGCCAUUUUACCUUACUACAUAAGUCUGGGGAUGACCCAUAAUGAAGACGUUUCGGGUGCCUUCGUCACUCUAAGAGUGUUUCGAGUGUUUCGAAUCUUCAAGUUUUCCAGACACUCCCAGGGGCUGCGGAUCCUGGGGUACACCUUAAAGAGCUGUGCCUCGGAACUGGGGUUUCUCGUCUUCUCCCUGGCUAUGGCCAUCAUCAUCUUCGCCACUGUGAUGUUCUAUGUUGAAAAGAACGUCAAGGACACCAACUUCAGCAGCAUACCAUCAGCUUUCUGGUACACCAUUGUCACCAUGACUACCCUCGGGUAA